AUGAAUGUGAGUACAAGUGCGCUUGGAGUGAGAAGAAGAAAGCCAAAGUCUCAGAACAUUGAUGACGACGAGAAUGCCGCAACAUUGAAACUAGGGCCAGAGUUUCAGCUCAUGCAAAUCACCAAUUCUGGUGAGACCGAGCAGCUCAUUGCAUUGAACUUGUCAGAGGCUAGACUUUUGAUCAGAGCUGCCUUGAAGGAAAGAAAGAGUAAAGGUGAUACCAGCCAGAGCUACGGGGAUGAUGAAGACGAGGAGAACGAGAGGGAAGACGAGAUUGCAAACAUCGAGCUUGCUGGCCCAAACCUGAAUGAAAUCGUACACAAGACGUUGAACUACUUGUCGACAUUCAGCAGAUUCAAGAACUCCUCAUCUACAGAAACUGUGGAGAAGCUUUUGAACGACUUUAGCAACCAAGCCUCUGAACCAUUACACCCAUUUGAGUUGGCACAGUUGGGUAACUUGGAGUGCGAGGAUGCAGAGGAAGCCAAGUCGUUAAUUCCUAGCAUAGCACAUAAGGUUUCGGAAGUGCAGUUGAAGACAUUGUUGACCGAGUUGAGAAAGUACCAGACGUUGUCUUAA